AUGGUGUCCCAUAAAUCACAAGAAAAGCUUCAAAGAGAAAGUACACAAUCCAGUACUGUAGAACAUGUACAGUCAGAGAGAAAACAGUUUAUGAACGAUUUUUUAAACAUGACAGAAAGUGACUCAGAUAGUGAAUAUGAAAAAAAUAAGAAGAUACUUAAUGCAAUGAAAGAAAAAACUCACAGGAACAAAUCAAAGGUUUCUACGAAAACUGAAAUAGAUGAAGACUUUGCUUUAAAUACCAUGAAAGAAAAGUCAAAAACAUUAAAAAAGUCAGAAUAUUCAGAAAAGAACCAUUUUUUGCAAAAGCCUCACAAAAAAGACUAUAGUCAACCCUUACUUAAACAGGAGACUAUUUCUAGCAGUAAUGAUGGAUCAAAAGAUGUCUGUACCUUGUCAAAGAAAUCUGAAGUUAAGGAGAAAUCUGAAUAUUCAUCAUCAAGUGUUAAGAGGAAGCAUUCAAGAUCACCUGUACCACAGCAGUUACGUAAAGCUGUUACAGAGAUUUUGAAUAACAAUACAAAUUCCAUAAAGAAAAAAGUACCAUGCCAAUAUGGAGCAAAAUGUUACCGCAAAAAUCCAUCUCAUUUCGAAGAAUACAGUCAUCCAAAAGUCAAUGUUGAAGUAUGUUAG